AUGUACUCCCAUUCCUUGUAGACUCUGUUCCCCUUCAUGCUCCUUAAUUAGUUUGUAUUAACCGAUUUCUAGGAUGGAAUUUGGUUAUGCGUGAAAACGAAUGAUCUGCUGUAGGAAGCUUCCACAAUGCUGGUGCUGGCGUUCAUGCCUCUCAUUCUUUGUCUGAGCAAGUCAGCUUUGGCUUCCUUCGGCUCCAUUGCUGAGAAUGAAGAUGCUCUCCUGAGGCACUUAUUUCAAGGGUAUCAGAAAUCGGUUCGACCGGUUGAAAACUCCAAUGAUACAAUAAAAGUCCUCUUUGGAUUAAAGAUAUCUCAGCUAGUGGAUGUGGAUGAAAAGAAUCAGCUGAUGACGACAAAUGUGUGGCUGAAACAGGAGUGGGUAGACCACAAGCUGUGCUGGAACCCCCAGGACUACGGUGGGAUCACAGCGAUCCGCGUUCCUUCAGAAUCGCUCUGGCUCCCAGACAUUGUUUUGUUUGAGAAUGCUGACGGACGGUUUGAAGGCUCCCUGAUGACCAAAGUCAUUGUGAAAUUCAAUGGAGUAGUUACCUGGACUCCACCAGCCAGUUACAAGAGUUCCUGCACUAUGGACGUUACAUUUUUCCCAUUUGAUAGACAGAAUUGCUCCAUGAAAUUUGGAUCUUGGACAUAUGAUGGCAGCAUGGUGGACUUGAUCCUAGUAGAUGAAAAUGUAGACAGGAAAGACUUCUUUGAUAACGGAGAGUGGGAAAUCCUAAAUGCGAAAGGCAUGAAAGGCAACAGGAAGGACGGGUUAUAUUCUUAUCCAUUCAUUGCUUAUUCCUUUGUUUUAAGACGCCUCCCCCUGUUUUAUACUCUUUUCCUAAUUGUCCCAUGCCUUGGAUUAUCUUUUCUAACUGUGCUAGUGUUUUAUUUACCUUCUGAUGAAGGAGAAAAACUUUCAUUAUCUACAUCGGUUUUAGUCUCGCUUACUGUUUUUCUUUUAGUGAUUGAAGAAAUAAUCCCGUCUUCUUCCAAAGUUAUCCCUCUGAUUGGUGAAUAUCUAUUAUUCAUUAUGAUUUUUGUAACCCUUUCCAUUAUUGUGACGGUUUUUGUUAUUAAUGUGCACCACCGGUCCUCAGCAACGUACCAUCCAAUGGCUCCCUGGGUUAAGAGACUCUUUCUUCAGAAACUGCCUAGGCUGUUGUGCAUGAAGGGACAUGUAGACCGCUAUUCCCUCUCUGAUGCUACAGGAACUGCCCCAGUGCUAAAAUCAAAGUUCUCAGGAAAACACAAGCACAAACAAAUAAAGGAUGGAGAAAAAAUUGUGAUUGCUUUUUUGGAAAAGGCUACUGAUUCCAUCAAAUAUAUCUCUGGGCAUGUUAAGAAGGAGCAUUUCAUCAGACAGGUAGUCCAAGACUGGAAAUUUGUAGCUCAAGUCCUUGAUCGGAUCUUCCUGUGGCUAUUUUUGGUGGUAUCAGUGACAGGUUCUGUUCUAAUCUUUACCCCUGCUUUGUGGAUGUGGUUAAACAGCAGUUUGUAGAAAAAAAAAUCAAGGAUUGGUGUAGGCCAUGUUUUAAACGUAGUUUCACCUUCAGACCUCCAUUCAGAAGUGCAGAGCAAAUGAAGGAGGCAGUGAGAAUACUUCACCUCCUGUUCUCAGUAAAUGAUGUUAAGGCUGAUUAUGUCAAUGGAACUUGUCAUUCAAACAGGGCUUCACAUCCUUAAGUUGCUGUAGAGUUUGAGGGCUCCAUUGUGUUAACCUGAAGGUGGUGAGGACUUACUCACCCAUUGAAAUCCAUGAGACUACACAGUGUGCAAAGCUUCAUCACUCAGUUCACAAUUAAUUAAUCCCAUUAAGCCUGAUUAUAUCAAAAUAUGAUUCUCUGAGUUUUUAAAUAAGACUAUUUCUUUUGGAUGCAAAUAUUCUUUUAAAAUGUGGAAUCCUCAUGUAUUUAAUGUGUUACAUUCAAGGAGAAGUUAAAUAGUCUAUGACUAUUAUAUAGGCGCAGAUACACUGAGCUAUGCAGUAUACUUGAUCUUUAAGUGUAAUAAGCAUAUGCAUUUUCUAACCUAUCUAUGUUGUGUAAGUAGCAGUUACAUGUUAUGUGUUUGUCCACAAGAGAAAUAUAAACACACGUGAAGCUUUUAAAAGUGCUUAGUUUUGGCUUCACUCAAUUUCUACUGAAGUCAACACAAUGUGCAUCUUAGCUGGUCUGUAGGAAUAAAAACUUUCUCUCCUUUCAGAGGGGAGAUGGGGCACAUUUCAAUGCAGCCAGGCUAUCUGCAUAUACUACUCUCUGUUUCCCACAUUGAUAAAUCAGGGAAAACAGUAGGCUUGUCUGGCUAGCCGGAAUAAUUUGUAUAUAUGUUAAAUGUUCCAACAGGUGCCCAAAGUUAUACUACCUUGAGUUUUCACUACACUGUCUUUACAAAUUGUGAUACAUCUUCUGUAUAAUUGCAGGUACAUGGAAGGGGACAAAUGGGAAAAUAUGGGGUGGCUAUCUGAAGGGAAAGUGGGUCUAUCCUAGCCUGUCAUAGAUCAAGAUUGGAUAGCUACACCCAAGUUGAACGGAAAUUCAUUCUGAGCCCUUUUUUUUCUAGGCUUCUAGUGCAACAACAACUCUAGUCAAACAUCCUAAACAACAUGGGAUAGUUGUUAGGAACUAGUACAGGGGUGGGCCCCAAAAUAAAACCUGUAGGCUAGAUCUGGCCCACCAGGCCAUUCUAUCCAGCUGGCAGGGCCCCUAAAAAAAAUUAGAAAAUUAAUAUUUAUCUGCUCCUGGCUGCCUGUCAAAGAUGACAGGAGCCAGGGGCAGUCUGACCCAGGGGAAGCCAUCAGCAGGAUCCAGCAAGGCCUCCCCACCCCUGCUCCCCCAACCAGAAGCCCCUACAUAGUAGAGGACUGUUUCUGCCUCCCUGCACCAGAGAGGGAAAUUCAGAUAGAAGGGCGGGGGUGGAGGGUGAGGAGGCAGGGGAGGACUGUGGGUGAUCACCCUAGUCCUCAGGGCUGGGCCAGCUCCUGCUGAGUCCUGUGGUUGUAGCCAUGCAGCUGGAAACCAUGUGGUGCCUGAGUACUGCAGCAGUAUGCAGGGAUGUGGGGAAAGUGGCAGAGGGGGGUGUGGAGAGUGGGAGCAAGCGGGAGUGCAGUGAUAGCUGGUCAGAAGCACGGGGCCACACUGGUGUCUUGGGGCCAGUGCUGGCAGUGCCCAGAGCAGGGCAGUAGGAGCACAGGGCAUGGGUGGGCAGGGGUCUAUGGAGCUGGGCUGGGCUGCACCAGCAGGGAGAGAGGGGAGCUGGCUCAGCUCCAUAGAGCCCCUGCCAGCCACGACCACGCACUCCUGCUGCCCCACUCUGGGCCCUGCUGGCACUGGUCCCAGGACACCAGAGUGGGCCACUCCCACCUAGCUGUUGCUGCGCUCCCAUGCGCCCACUCGCUCCCACUUCCCCCCUCCUGCCACUGCUUUCAGGACUUCCCUGCCCACCCGCUGGCUGCUUCUGCACCAUGCGGCUCCUGGCUGAAAGUGUAGACCAUGGGAGCCUGAGGCCUGUGCUGGUACCCUGGGUCCAGGAGUGGGAGGGGUGUGUGUGUGUGCAGGGAGGGAAGGACAGAAUGUGUGUGUGUGUGUGUGUGUGUGUGUGUGUGUGUGUGUUCAUAGGGCAAGUCCCACAACCAUACCCAACCAUACAUAUGCACCCACACCCUCUCUUGCACUGCCAUACACACAGAUCCCGCACCCACAUCCCCUCACACUCUGCAUCCACCCUUCCUCCACACACAACCCCUCACAAACCCUAUACCCACCCACUCCCCACAUAUCUGCACCCGCACGCUCUCACCCCCCACCCCAACACCUAUCCAACCCCUGCAAACCCCCCAUACCCACCCACACCCACAUCUCCCCACAAACCCUAUGCCUAUACACACCCCACAUAUCCACACACACACUUACAUGCUCCCUAACCCCACACCCCCACACCUAUCCACCCUGCCUACAAACCUCCCCCACAUACCCACACCCUCCCCCACACCCCACAUACCUACACAUCCACAGCCACCAAAAAACCUAUACCCACCCCUGAUGUCCCCACCCCUCCACAAUAUACAAGAGUAAGACUUCAUUUUAAGCUAUUAGAUACAAUCACCUCUAUGUACACUACACAAGCACAUGUAAACCAGGGCAAAAAUAUUUGUUGAAAUCAAAUUGAUGAACAUAGUAGAUGUUUGGGUUUUAGAAUAUAAUUUUGUAUUUUUCUGGUUCUGAGAUGGCAGAAAUCCUUUGCUGAAAGGAAUACGUCCAGGGGCAAGGGGAGGAACUUCUGGUGGCAAAGGUCAGGGGUUAGGGGGCAGGACUUCUAGUCACAAGAUGGCUAUUAGAGGGUGGGGCACCUGUCAAGGGGUGGGGCUACCCAUGCGGCCCUUGACAGCUUGCCAAAACUUGGUAAGCAGCCCUCCAUCCAAAAUAAUUGCCUGCCCUGAACUAGUAGCAUGUUACCUGGUCUGCUCAGAUAGGAACCGGUGACAGCUUGGAACAAUUUUUCAUCCAAGGUGAAUUCCUUGGACACAUUUAAAUGAGUCGGGGUAGGGGCUGUGAAGAAUUUGAAGGUGAGACUUAGGUGGGGCUUCUGCUGGGAUUAGGGCAUUGAUUUAGGAGAGUGUUGGUUAAGACAACACUGUAUGUGCUUACAAGAGGAAGAGGUAAUUGUAGUCAGGACGCUUGAAUGCUAACAUUUCUAAAGUCUAGGAAUGAUUGAGUUUCUAGGUGAAGGCUCACACCAUUCAUUUUAUACAGAGUCCCUGGCCUUUAGUCCUAUUGGUUUUGGGUAAAACAAUCCUGCAUCUCAAUGGGAACAGAGUUAAGUCAAAUUUGAAUUCUUUUAACAAUCCCACUUUUACAUCUUUAGGUUGAAAUUUUCAAAGCUCUCUAAAUUUGGCCCCCAAAACUUCUGACUAGCCAUGAAAAUCUAAGUAUAACAGUAAAAAGUUAGGAAGAUUUUAAAAUACCUUAGUACAUUUGCAUGUUUCCAUUGUAUGUAUACACCAGACUGAUCAGUCACAAUCCUGUUUUUGUCAACACAGAACAUUCUGUUCACUUGUAUGAACAGUACAAAUAAAGCUAUACUGAGCAAAUCA